AUGGCACACACAAACCAGUAUGGUUAUGCAAAAAAUGUUUUUGCACGUGCUGGUUUCGCUAUGUGCACGCCAUUUUUAUAUUGUAGUUUGUCGGCUAUUAAUUCAGGAUGGUGCAUAGCUGUGAAAGGUUUGACAGGAAUUAGCCAUUUUUUAAGAUGUUUGACAGUGUUUUGCUCCAUUUGUCAAGAAGUAAAAUAUACUUCCUCUCGGUAUACAACACCAAUGUCGCAGAUGGCAAUAGCAACACAGUUUGGGUUGAUGAAUUAUGAAGGAAGGUACUUGACUGCAGAAAAGUUUGAACAAGAAGCAGGCUACUCAUUUAAAGGUUACCUACGGAAUCAACAACAAAGGUACCUAGAGACGGGCAAAAAUGGUAACGUUUUGUGCGAGAGUAGUGAGAAGGAAAAAGAGUAUUUAUUUGAUGUCGAGGUGACUGAUGACGGCAAAUGGGCAUUUAAGGAUGUCUUCGGGAAAUACUUGACUGGAAAUACAGAACGAUUGCACACCGUUUUGAAACGCAAUGCAGAAUCGCUAUGGGCUAUCCACGUCACGAACCAUCCGCACUGCAACGUCAGAAACAUCUCAAGAAAACAAUAUGUCACCGUGAAUGACAACGAGUUUCAAGCUAACGUUGAUAUACCUUGGGGUAUGGGAUGCAUCGUUACUUUAGAAUUUUGCAAAGGAAAGUACGCUGUUAAAGACACCCUGGGAAGAUACUUGAACGGUGUAACUGGAGCAUUGGAAAACACUUGCAACGAUGAAUGUUUGUUGAGCAUUUUGAUCCAGGAAUCUUCCUUCGCAUUUCGUGCAUCGAACGGGAAGUACUUAACAGUUUAUGGACCAAACGGGAAACUUGUUGCAACAAAAAAAGCGGUUGGGAAGGAUGAAUUGUUUGCUUUUGAAGGAAGUAAAGCACAAUGUUUUUUCACGGCUAACAAUGGAAAAAAAGUCACUCUAAAAGGAAUUGACGCCACAGCAAAUCAGGUUAUGGAAGUGUCUGAUACAGAAAUCUUUCAACUUGAUUUUCAUCCUGAUCAAGAAGAUAAAGUUUCUAUUCUGGCAAGAAACAAAAAUUACUUCGUGGCUAAUGAGAAAUCCAUCACUGCUUCUUCCAUCAAACUCACGGAAAAUUGUUAUUGUGAAAUGAAGUGGCAGAAUGGAAAAGUGGCCCUGAAAGCUUCUAAUGGCAAAUAUAUCACGUCUUCAUCUGGAGGCCAGUUAACCCCAUCAAGUGAAACAUGCAACGAUCCAAAUUCUCUAUUCGCACUAACACUUGUUAACAGGGAGAGAAUUAUAUUGCGUGGUGAUCAAGGCUACAUAGGAACAACAAGCAACAAGGUGCAAUGCAAUCUGGGAAGUCCCGAUACGCUAGGUGUCAGUUUACACAACGGAAAGUACAAGUUAAAAACAAAAAACGGGUCGUAUUUAAAGGUUGAUUGCAACUUAAGCAUGGUGGCCAACCCGGACGAGGGCGAUCUAUUUUUGUUUGAGUUGUGCGGCAUCAACAAGAUGCUGAUAAAAGCGAGAAAUGGGAAGUAUUUAGCAGGAUAUCAAAAUGGUACCAUUAUGGCAACAGGUGAAAAAUGUAGUGGAGGUACUAUUUGGGAGUAUUAAAGAUUGUAUUCACGGCGAGUUUACGUGCAAUCAGAGUAUGCAGAAUCAAACACAUUAAUUUUUUUUGCUUGUAAAAAAAGAGUGACAUAUAUUUAACAUUAAUAAUUUGCUUCUGCUGUAA